AUGGGAAAUUCAAAACUCAUGCAUGAUAUUGUUGAAAAUACUAAGAUUAAUCUUACUUUUUCUGGCUAUCAUUCUCGUGAAAGUUUAGCUGAUUAUUGUCAGCUUGGUGAAGAUCAGUGA